GCAGUGUUUUCUGCCUUAUCGGAAUGUGUAAAAUGCAAAAAGGAUACACACAAAACAGCAAUGAGAGCUUCAACCAACUUAUUUGGAAGAUAGCUCCAAAAACGAUGCACAGCGGGGCCAAAAUUGUUAACAUUGCUGCAUUUCUUGCAACAUGCACGUUCAACAAUGGUGUCACGUCAUUGUUAGAAAUUAUGAACGUAUUAGGAAUAUCAGUCGGAUCGGGCGCGCACUUGUACGCUGCGCAAGAAGACGAAACUCGCAUAGCGAAAGCCGAGCUGCAAGCGCAAGAACAGACUAAAGAAGGUCGAAUACGGCGCCGACAACAAAAUUUAGAAAAUAUGAACAUUCCGUCGACCGUAGAAGACUUACACUAUGGGCCUGGUAUCGAUGAUUCCAUAUGAUUUUUGAAGAAACGCCAGUGGGUACCGUUUACCCGGAUUUUUUUACGGCGCUCCAAAGAU